ACCUCCCCUAAUUCUUAAUUUUCAUAUAUUUUAUCAUGUAAUAAUUCUACUGCUUGAAAACUCAAAAGUCUGUCUCUGCCUUCACGAUUUCAACGUAAUUGGUGUCUGUGUAAUCUUUCUUUCUGUAGCUUUUAACAAUAACAAAUACGAUGAGUAGGUUUGCUACUUUUGAUAAUCUUCCUUACUACACUAACAAGAAAGUUAGAAGCAAUAGUUUGUAUGUAGGAACAUUGUUGUUUGUGUUUUGGAUAAUUGGUGCUACUUCAUUUUUCACUGUUUUCAUUCGCUACUCUCCCAACUCUUCUGAUGAUAUUAACAAGUACAGCGCCACUGCCAACCUGAAGAAGGAGAAUGGAGGUGAGAAAAGGUGUGACUUGUUUAAGGGUCGAUGGAUUCCCGAUCUUAGUUUGUCAAUAUAUACGAAUUUGAGUUGUCCAACGAUACCAGAUUCAAGGAAUUGUCAGAAGUUUGGAAGGAAAGAUGUCGAUUAUAUGAAUUGGAGAUGGAAACCAAAUGAAUGCGAGCUUCCAAGAUUGAAUCCUAAGACAUUCUUAUCGAGCUUUCGUGGUAAGAAGUUGGCGUUUAUUGGCGAUUCCAUUGCUCGAAACCAAAUGGAAUCACUUCUUUGUCUCUUAUCUCAAGGAGAAACUCCAAAAGAUAUCCACAAAGACUCUGAAGAUCGAUUCCGAACAUUUUACUUUCCUUCUCAUAACUUCACUCUCAUGGUCUGCUGGACAAAAUUCCUGGCUUUUGCAGAAGAGAAAAAAAUUAAUGGUUCAACUAGGGAUGGUGUAUUUAAUAUACACCUCGACAGGAUCGACAAUAACUGGGCGCAGACACUACAUGGUCUAGAUUAUGCUGUCAUUUCUGUUUCUCACUGGUAUUUUCGGAAGAAUUACUUAUACGAAGGUGGUCAACUAAUAGGAUGUAUUUACUGUGAGGAACCAAACGUCCCUGAUUUGGGAAUCCCAUUUGCAAUUGAGAAAGCCUUCGGAUUGGGACUACGAUAUGUAAACGACUGCAAGGAGUGUAAUAAGGGAUUAGUUACCUUGCUACGAACAUAUUCGCCUUCUCAUUUUGAGCAUGGGUCUUGGAACGGUGGAGGAAAAUGUAAUAGAACAAGUCCUUACACUGAAAAACAAGUUAACUUUGCGGGUAACAGCGAAUGGGAACUAAGGAAUAUUCAAGUUAAAGUGCUUGAGAGUAUUAAAAACAAACCAGAAGUUGGGAAAAGAUUUGAGAUUUUGGAUAUAACUAAGGCCAUGAUGAUGCGACCUGAUGGACAUCCCGGGCUCCAUUGGAACAACCUGUAUAUGAAGGGUCACAAUGAUUGUACUCAUUGGUGUUUGCCUGGUCCAAUUGAUGUUUGGAAUGAUUUGUUGAUAUCCGUGCUGCUAAAGUUUUGCUGAUAGUUUGGUUCAUAAAUACCCCAUACACUGGUUUAAACUUGCCGAUGACAAGCAUUCAGAAGCGUAUUUUGUAAUUUCUUGUUUCUCUGAGGUAUUCUCGCUGUAUUAGUUGCACAA